AAUCAGGUGGACCUAGGAUAAGGACCUUGUGGAGAGUCUGGCUUGGUCGUAUAUUGACAGGUCUUGUCAGGACUCCUCAUAGAAGUGGGAAGUUAAAAUAAUCCCCUGCACAGGCUGCUGUUUCCAGGAGAACUUCUCGAUUUCCACAUUAUAUAGUAAAUCCAUUGUUUCAGGACACCUCAGAGGCUGGAGGUGGGCAGUAGUGCUUGGCUUGACUUAGAAGCUCCAUUUGGAAGCAGGAGUAUCACCCCACAGCGUUUCUUGGCUACACGAAUCAAGCGUCUGCUUAUGUCUGCCUGGGUUCCCUGUUCUGUCUUCAGUUGUCCAAACUGCCACUGUAGAGAUGGGAGGCAGAGAAGCCCUGCACGUGUGCUUUCAAGUCAAGUGGGAGAGGCUUGCCACAGCUUUGCUUUUAAUUAUCUCUUGAAGAGACAAACUCUGGUCCACGCCUCAAGAUCAUGGGGGGAAGUAACUUAUAUGUGGCCAUAAGACAGCCUGAAGACAGAGGUUCCACAAAAUGUGAGAUAGAAAGCAUGUGUGUGGGUGACAGUACCAAGACCAGCAAAGCGGCAGGAGAGGAGGCUCAGGAACGCGUAUAGAGGACAUGAGGUUGGUCCAGGUUGGGGGACUCACAAAGCACUGUAACUAGCUCCAGAGGAUCUGACUCCCUCUUCUGGCCUCUGAGGGGAACUGUACUCAUAUUUACAUAUCUAUACAUACCAACAGUGAAGUAAAGUGUGUGUGUGUGUGUGUGUGUGUGUGUGUGUGCUAGAGUAGGGCCCGAUGUCCACAGACAGAAGCACCGACGACUGGAGGCUAGCCCUUGCUGUACACCAGAUAAGCUCUGAGAGCUGCCAGGUUCCAGGACUUCAGGAACUGCCAGCUGUGUGUUCAAGCCUCUGUCCUCUCCGGGGAGGAGUUUCAGAUUUGGUAAAAAGCUUUCUUUUAAAAAUGGAAAUUGAUGAUCUAAAAAUUGUUAUCUACUUGUGCCUUUGCCGUCGCCACACACCGGUGGCGUGGCUUCCCAGGAUAACCGCUGUCCCUCUGAGGCUCAUGACCUUCCUUUUGUCCCUCACCUUCCUUUUAUUUAUUUACUUUUUAUUUUCCCCCAGCAAAGCUGUACAAUACCAUGCAGCCCUCUGCCAGCAGAUCUGUUACUAAAGGAAUUCAUGCAUCUUGCAUCUUGAAGAUGCAUUAUUAAUGCUUGGACAAAUCACAUCAGGUGAAGCCCAGCAAGUCCCUGGCACUGCAGAAAAGGAACAAAGGCUGGUUCUACAAGGGAGCAAUGGAUGAGACAAAUUAUAACAGCUGGGAGUUUCUUGCACAAUGAAAUUUGCUGCAACUAUCAUUCUUGAGCAUGUCCCAUGUGCCAGAGAACUGGUCAGAGUCAUAUGCCAAGGACUGAAGGUAUUAGGUAGUGGGCACGCUGUCUUUGCUAGUAAUUGCCCUGUUGAUAUGAAAAGGUGAGUAAUUACCCACCAGCAGAGGUGUGCUUCUUCCUUCCUUUCUUCCUUCCUUCCUUUCUUUCUUUCUUUCUUUCUUUCUUUCUUUCUUUCUUUCUUUCUUUCUUUCUUUCUUUCCUAUGUAUAUGGUCACUGUUCUAUGUACAGUGAUACUGUUCUAUGUACAGUGGUACUGUUCUGUGUAUAUGGGUACUGUUCUAUGUAUAUGGGUACUGUUCUAUGUAUAUGGGUACUGUUCUAUGUAUAUGGGUACUGUUCUAUGUACAGUGAUACUGUUCUAUGUAUAUGGGUACUGUUCUAUGCAUAUGGGUACUGUUCUAUGUACAGUGGUACUGUUCUAUGUAUAUGGAUGUUGUUCUAUGUAUAUAGGUACUGUUCUAUGUAUAUGGGUACUGUUCUAUGUACAGUGGUACUGUUCUAUGUAUAUGGGUACUGUUCUAUGUACAGUGGUACUGUUCUAUAUACAGUGGUACUGUUUUAUAUAUGGGUGUUGUUCUAUGUAUAUAGGUACUGUUCUAUGUAUAUGGGUACUGUUCUAUGUACAGUGGUACUGUUCUAUGUAUAUGGGUACUGUUCUAUGUACAGUGGUACUGUUCUAUGUAUAUGGGUGUUCUAUGUAUAUAGGUACUGUUCUAUGUAUAUGGGUACUGUUCUAUGUACAGUGGUACUGUUCUAUUUAUAUGGGUACUGUUCUAUGUACAGUGGUACUGUUCUAUUUAUAUGGGUACUGUUCUAUGUACAGUGGUACUGUUCUAUGUAUAUGGGUACUGUUCUAUGUACAGUGGUACUGUUCUAUGUAUAUGGGUACUGUUCUAUGUACAGUGGUACUGUUCUAUGUAUAUGGGUACUGUUCUAUGUACAGUGGUACUGUUCUAUGUAUGUGGGUGUUGUUCUAUGUAUAUAGGUACUGUUCUAUGUAUAUGGGUACUGUUCUAUGUACAGUGGUACUGUUCUAUGUAUGUGGGUGUUGUUCUAUGUAUAUAGGUACUGUUCUAUGUAUAUGGGUACUGUUCUAUGUACAAUGGUACUGUUCUAUGCAUAUGGGUACUGUUCUAUGUACAGUGGUACUUUGCCUGCAUGUUUUGUGCCACCUGUGUACAGUACCCACAGAGACAAGGAAAUGUCAUCAGAUUCUCUGAACUGGAGCUAUGCUGUGAGCCAUGGUGUAGGUGCUAGGAAUCAAAUUCCUGGAAGUAUAGCCAGUGUUACUAACAGUUGAAUCCUCUUUGCUACCCCAUGGCAGUGCAUGGCCGUCAGCUGCUUAGCCCUGUUAUCUUUCUCAAGGUCAGUACUACAAAACCUUUAGAUCUGCCAGCACAUUGCAAUUGAAAUGGCAUCUCCUCUUGCUUUGCCUUUCUUUCAUUAGUGAUUAAGUAUCUUUUCAUAAACAUAUUGCCUGUACUGGUUUCCUAUUCUACAGCUUCUUGUAGGUAUUUAUUUUACCCAUUUCCAUGUCUUUUCUUUGUAAUUUUUUUUGUGUUUUUGUGCAUUCUGCUAUUUUAUAUAGACCAUAGACCCAGAGUUAACUUCUUUCAAGAGAUUUUUUUUGUGGGAGAAAUUUUUUUCAUUUCAAUCAUGAUAGCUUUUUGACACAAAGAAGGUUUUAUUUUAAUGAACGAAGUAAAUGGUCAAGAUUUCUCUGUUCAAUUUUAUUCUGCUUUUGUUUAUGCUAUAUUUGAUGCUCUCUCUGUCUCUGUCUCUGUCUCUGUCUCUCUCUCUCUCUCUGUGUGUGUGUGUGUGUGUGUGUGUGUGUGUGUGUGUGUGUGUGUGUGUGAAUUUAAUUGACUUGACUUCAUGGUCUGUUUCUGAGACAGAUUUGUGUGAGAUGAGGGAAAUUUUCUCGAAGGUGUGCUGGAUGCCACCAAUAGUCCUGCUGUUCCUUUGGGCAGAGAGAACUUGGAUGCAAGACUUUGACUUUUGUUAAUUUGGUUACUCUCCCUGUGCCCUCUGGUUAGUCUGGCUAAGGGAUUAUCUAUCAUGUUGAUUUUCUCAAAGAACCAGUUCCUGGUUUUGUUGAUUCUUUGUAUAGUCCUUUUUGUUUCUACUUGGUUGAUUUCAGCCCUGAGUUUGAUUAUUUCCUGCCUUCUACUCCUCUUGGACGUAUUUGCUUCUUUUUGUUCUAGAGCUUUUUGGUGUGCUGUCAAGUUGCUGAUAUAUGCUUUCUCCUGGUUCUUUUUGGAGGCACUCAGAGAUAUGAGUUUUCCUCUUAACAUGGCUAUCACUGUGUCCCAUAAGGUUGGGUAUGUUGUGCCUUCAUUUUCAUUAAAUUCUAAAAACUCUUUCAUUUUUUUCUUUAUUUCUUCCCUGACCAAGUUAUCAUUGAGUAGAGCAUUGUUCAGCUUCCAUGUGUAUGUGAGUUUCCUGUUGUUUUUGUUGUUGUUGAAGACCAGCAUAGUCUGUGGUGAUCAGAUAGGAUGUAUGAGACUAUUUCAAUCUUCUUGUAUUGGGGGAGGCUAUUUUUGUGUCUGAUUAUAUGGUCAGUUUGAGAGAAGGUACUGUGAGGUACUGAGAAGGAAUAUUCUUUUGUUUUAAGAUGAAAUGUUUAUAUAUAUGUACAUAUAUAUAUAUAUAUAUAUAUAUAUAUAUGUUAAGUCCAUUUUAGUUCAUAACUUCUGUUAGUUUCACCGUAUUUCCAUGAUCUGUCCACUGGUGACAGUGGUAUGUUAAAGUCUCCUACUAUUAUUGUAUGAGGUUUAAUGUGUGCUCUGACCUUCAGUAAUGUUUCUUUUACAAAGGUGAGUGCCCUUGCAUUUUGGGCAUAGAUGUUUUGAAUUGAGAGUUCCUCUUGGUGAAUUUUACCUUUGAUGAUUAUGUAGUGUCCUUCCCCAUCUUUUUUGAUGACUUUUGCUUGAAGGUCUAUUUAUUGAAUACUAGAAUUGCUAUUCCAGCUUGUUUCUUGAGACCAUUUGCCUGGAAAUUUUUUCCAGCCUUCUACUUUGAGAUUGUGCCUGUCUUUAUCAGUGAGGUGUGUUUUCUGUAUGUAUGCAGCAAAAUGUUGGGUCUUAUUUAUAUAUCCAGUCUGUUAGGUUACUCUUUGUCUUUUUAUUGGGGAAUUUCGUCCAUUGAUGUUAAGAGAUAUUAAGGAAUAGUGAUUGUUGUUUUCUGUUAUUUUUAUUGUUAGAGGUGGAAUUAUGUUUGUGUGGCUCUCUUCUUUUGUGCUUGUUGCAAGAAUAUUACUUUCUUGUCUUUUCUAGGGUGUGUUGGAGUUUUCCAUCUAUUAUUUUUUGUAGUGCUGGAUUUGUGGAAAGAUAUUGUGUAAAUUUGGUUUUGUCAUGCAAUAUCUUGGUUUCUCCUUGUAUGUUAAUUGAGAGUUUUGCUGGAUAUAGUAGCCUGAGCUGGCAUUUGUGUUCUCUUAGGGUCUGUAUGACAUCCGUCCAGGAUCUUCUGGCUUUCGUAGUCUCUAUUGAGAAGUCUGGUGUAAAUCUGAUAGGUCUGCCUAUAUAUGUCACUUGACCUUUUUCCCUUACUGCUUUUAAUAUUCUUACUUUGUUUUGUGUAUUUGGUGUUUUGACUAUUAUGAGAAGGGAGGGAUGGAUUUCUUUUCCAGUCCAGUCUAUUUGGAGUUCUGUAGGCUUCUUGUAUGUUUAUGAGCUAUCUUUCUUUAGGUUAGGGAAGUUUUAUCCUAUAAUCUUGUUGAAAGUAUUUAUUGGCCCUGGUUUGAUCUUCUCCUUGUGUCCUGGAUUUCCUGGGCGUUUUGUGUUAGGAGCUUUUUGCAUUUUGCAUGUUUUUGACAAUUGUGUUAAUGUUUUCUAUGAUAUUUUCUGUGUUUGAGAUUCUUCUGCCUCUUGUGUUCUGUUGGUGAUGCUUGUGUCUAUGACUCCUGAUUUCUUUCCUAGGUUUUCUAUCUUGAAGGUUGUUUCCCUUUCUGAUUUCUUUAUUGUUUCUAUUUCCAUUUUUAGAUCCUGGAUGGGUUUGUUCAAUUCCUUCACUUGUUUGGUUGUGUUUUAAUUCUUUAAGGGAUUUUUGUGUUUUCUGGUGUAUUGGGAUAUCCAAUAUUGACUUUGGUGGGAGAACUGGGUUCUGAUGUUGCCAAGUAGUCUUGGUUUCUGUUGCUUAGGUUCCUGGACUUGCCCUUCACCAUCUGGUUGUUUCUGGUAUUAGCUGGUCUUGCUUUCUCUGCCAGUGGCUUGACCUUCCUUCAAGCCUGUGUGUCAGCACUCCUGGAGACCAGCUUUCUCCCAGUGGGAUUUGGGUGUACAGAGAUGUGUCACAAGGUCAUCUCUGGGUGCAGGCUGAAAUGGAAAGGAUCCUUUCCCAGACUGCUCCUGGGUUCCUGUGUCCUGAGGGUUCCAGGAGGGUCCCCUGAGCAGAUGUGGUGGUCUUGCCUCUGCUCUCAGGUGUCCUAGAACUCCUGAUGACUGGCUUUCAGCUCUGGGCACAGGCAGAGACCUUGUCCAUGACUGCUCCUAGGUUCCUGUUUUGAGAGGACUCUAUGUGGGUUCCUCUUGGGACAGGAGUGUGACCAGAAGUGAUGGUCUCCCCUGAGCUCUCAGGAUUGUCCAUAGUUCUGUAAAUCCAGCUUUCUCUCCCACAGGAUUUGGGUACAGAGAGUGACUUUGGCCAUUUCUUUCUUUCCUCCUCCUUCCCUUCCUUCCCCACUCCCCUCCUUCCUUUUUUUUUUCCCCUAAUGUGGACUUUAUUGGUUUGCUUUGGUUUUCUGUUUCUUUAAUGCUUGGAAAUGGUAUUUUUAAAUAAAAUUAUUUGCUAGUAUAAACUAAUUCAAAUAUUUUAAAUGAUUUUUUAUGUUUUCUUUCUGUGGUCAUAUUCUUUGUAUUUCAGUAUUAUUUUAAGGUCUUAUUUCCAAAAUGGCCAGAUCUCAUUUAACAGACCUCCCCUUUGCUUCUAUUUCAAACAUGGACUCUUUCAUUUUUGCAGAAUUUCACAGGGUACUUUCUGGGCCCUUUAUUAACUUUUUGUAUUUAAAUAGUCAAUUAUUAAAAAUAUUGUUGAUCACAAAAUUAAAAAGAUAUUUUUAUUUUGGAAAUUUUUUCAUACAUUUAUAAUGCAUUUUGAUAAUUAAUUGAUGGGCAUAUACUUAAAUUUAAGUACUACAUUAGGUGCAUAACACAAGGUUUUAGCUUUUUGUAGCAAUUGCUUUUCUAAUUUUCUUUUACUCCAGUAUACAGCAAGGCCUGGUUUUUAGUUUUCAAGUGUGUGUUCCUUAGCAUCUAGUGUUUGUUGGAAUGAGAAUGACCGCCCCAUCCCCAGUAGGCUCAUAGAUUUGAAUGCUUGGUUUCCAGUUGGUAGAACUGUUUGGGGAAGAAUCAGGUGAUGUGGCUUUAUUGAAGAAGGUAUGCCAUGGGGGCAACCUUGAAAUUUCAGGGGUCCAAAGUAUUGCCAGUCUCUUUUUCUCCAUUGCCUCCUACUUUUGGAUCAAGAUGUGAACUCUCAGCUACUCCAGCUGCUAUACCUUUGCUAUGCCAUCAUGGAUUUUAGCCCCCUGAAACCCUAAGCCCCAAAUUAAAUGCUUUAUUUUAGUCAUGGUUAUUUUAUCACAGUAAUAAAAAAGCAACUAAGACAAAUACUGUAACUUAGCAUUAUUGAUUUUGAGCUUAACUUUAUUGUGGUAAGAAAGUUUGAUUUACAUGAUAUAUAUAUAUAUAUAUAUACAUAUAUAUAUAUAUGAUGUACAUUCUUUUUAAGCAAAUUACCUUUAUGUGUGUGCACCUAUUGUCUGUGUUAGCAUAUGCCAUAUCCCAAGGAAACCAGAAGAAGUCUAGGGUGGGACCCCUGGAGGUGAUGUUACAGGGCGUUGUGAGCUACCUAAAGCAGGUGCUGGAAGAGCAGUUUAUUCCCUUAACUGUUGAGCUAUUACUCAAGACCCAGGAUGUAUACUCUUUAAUUGGGGAACUAUCAGGUCUCUCUUUAUUUAUAUAUUACAAAUAUAAUUAAUAUAGUGUCAAAUAGUCAGUAUUCCCACUACUUAAAAUGCUAUCAUAGCUAUAACACUGUUAGGAAGGCAGAGCAUGCAAAUCAUUGGUUUCUCUUUAAUUCUUUACAAUUAGUUUAACUGUGGUAGUACCUUGCUUACUUUGGGUUCAAAAUAAUGAGUUCAGGCUUCCUUGCUCCCAGGUUUGUGCAUAUCCUGAUUAAAUCACUCAUUUGUGUAAUUUGUGUAUUCACUCUGUCAGCAAAUAUUUAGAACUUAGAGUGUUUUUGGUGGACUGCACUGAAUUACAUACCAAAAAUACAAAAAUUAUGGCACCUCUGACAGUAAGAAACAGAUAGUUCCUAACAUAACAAACACCAACCAGUGUUGGAAGUGCAGCAGGUGAGGGCUAGACAGAUAAAGCCUGCAAGGAAGAGGGGGCCGGGGUAAGGGUGGAGUGGUGGAUGGGAGUCUCUCAUGUACAGGGGAGUCUGGAAG